UCAUUUUAUUGCUUCUUAGUGUAUAGUGAUAACGUACAAGACGACAGAGUGGAAAAGAAGGUGGUGUUACAAAUGAGCAGCAGAUAAAAGUGUGUGGUUACCUAUCCUCAUCUGAACAGUUUCCAUCGGCUGUUCAAGGACUGCAGUAGUUAGAUAAGGGAGCGCGAGCCUCCAAAGUGUUUCCCAAAGUAGUCUGUAGUGGCCGAAGUGUGAAACACGUGAAUCUCAAUCCAAAUCCCUUUAACCUUAACCCACACUCACACACAUCUAGUUAACAAAAUGUAUUUCAAAAAAGUGGUCUCGUUCCUGAUCAUCGGCGUGGUUGCGUCCCAGUGUGUUCUAGCCGAAGAAAGCAACGUCCUGAACGAUUUGAGCUGGUCCUGCGCAAACAACGCAAGCUGCGUAAAACAUUUAGCUAGCGAUGUGGUGCACAAACUUAAGGCACGCAAAUCGAUCAACUUUGGGGUGUUCAGCAUCGAACCCGUUGAGCGAAUUCCGCUUACCGUCGAAGGACGUUCUUCCCGGGCGCUCGACUUCCUGAGCGGAAAUGCCUUCAAGUUCCCACUGGGACCAAUGGUUCUGAACAUCGAACGCUCCGCCGACUACUCGAACUACAUCGAAGUUUCUCUGCUCAAAAAGGCCGAUGGAGCACGAUCCCGUACACGUAAGCACAUCCGCUUCUUCGUGCCGGCGUUCCUGGUUUUCAGUCAAAUCGGCUGGUACGCCCUCGCCAUCGCCGGUGUCAAGCUGCUAGCGAUUAAGGCUUUCUUGGUCGCCAAAAUUGCCCUAGUUGUCGUAGCAAUGAUGACCAUGAAGAAGCUCAUGGAACCGGUCUCUUACGCCCCGUCGUACUUCGAUCAUCAGGAGCCCUUCAUGAUGCCGUACAGCAUGGACUUCCACCAUGGCUUCCCCGGACACGAAAUGUACCCGAUGGGAAUGGGCGCUCAUCUCGGCCAUCACGACGGAGCUUCGGCCCUGCACGCCGCCGAAGGUGGUCUGGGAGCCGCUAGCAACGUGAAUGCCGUCGUCGACACAAACCAGGCCGCCGACAAGUCAGUCAACAUCGGAAGCAGCAGCAACUCGGGAGCGGCCGUAGCCAGCAAUCCAGCAGCCAGCUCGAACGAUCGCCUUCACUUCCCCGGUGGCAAAAUCAAGCGACAGGACUUCCUGUACCCAGCGGUGCAAACGGCCAAAUUCUACUAGGGAUCGGCUGCCGGAACAUUAAUGUCCCACUCAUACAAAACAUUCCUCCCCCAAAUCCCCCUCCAUUCCCCAAAAACACAUACACACACAAAAAUCACAAACACACCCAAGUCCCGAAACUAGGUGGAACAUCCACCGGUCAGGGGACCGAAAGCCAAAGUCAAUAGCGCCGAUAGAAAGUCUACUACUACUACCUCUAAGCCGUAGCCAAAAGUAAAAAAAGAGUCUGAGUUGCGCUGAUUCCCCGUCCCCUCGUAACCCAACAAUUCCCCACCCCCAAAAAAUGGUAAUCCAAAAUCCAAAAAAAAUGUACCGAAGAAGAAUCGUAAACCCCAUCCCGAUAGCCCGACCUGAUCCAACCUCUGACCAGAGAUGAAGAGACCGACCAAAAGGUGUAAUCCAAACACGAGACCGGAGAUUCUACUCGCCCCGAAGAACUGUUUUAAGUACGUAGCCUUUAGUAUUUAUUCGGAGUUCCAUCCAGCUGGCUUGAUGGGGAGCAGCGAAUCGCGGCCGAGUCCAAGCCAAAGCCCCGGACUGGAACCCAACUGGAAACUGUUGUAAAAAUAUGCUUCCGCUUUCACUGAACCAACGCUGUCGAUAAACUUAUUAUUUAUUUAUUUAUUGAAAGAACUGGGAAAUUAAAGAAAAUCAUGGUAAUAACAA